CUCACGCUAUAUCGAGACUACCGCGAGUUACGUUCUUCAAGGUGGAAGAGCGUAGAGCUCACUCUUCAGGUUUUCUUUCCAUCUUGGUGGCACUCUUCAUUAUUGAAAAACGUUCUUACCAGAUCCAUGGUGCGUGUGGGAAGGUUUUUCUAAAUCCUGAAGAGCUGUUACAUCAAAGAAUCUUGAAGAACUAGGUAUCAUGGGAAAUACACCAGCUAAAAGUUCAAGGAGGUACUCAACUUCUACCGGAAUUAACAUCAAGAAAAUCCAAUUGGGCGGUACAGGGCUUCCGGCACCUCCAGGAAAACCAGUUCUUAUUCCAGCAUCAUCAGAAGACCCACAACCUGAUAUUGUCGGAAUUCGUUGGGAACGAUCUCCUAGCAAUGGAGGAUCGGCAAUAAUUGGUUACCUCGUAGAACAUCGUCGACUAGGAUCACCUCAUUGGGUUCGAUCAUCCCCAAACCUCUGUCCUUUUCCUGAGUUGACUUUGAGUGGAUUAGAACCUGGAUGGAGAUAUCAAUUUCGUGUUCGAGCACAAAAUAGCAUAGGAUUUUCACGAGCUAGUGAAUUAUCAGAUCCUUUAACAGUCACUCUCCAGAGAUCAGCAGCAACUGCACCAAAAUUUGAAUUGGAAUUAAAAGACACAAUAGCUCUUGAAAAUGAACAAGCAGAGUUUAUUAUUAAAUUUUCGGGAACACCAGUACCAAAGAUUUCAUGGUUCAAAGAUGGUUUUGAGAUUUUUAGUAGUCGAAGAACGAGGAUAGUCACUGAAAAUGGAAAAAGCAUACUUUUAAUUCAUCAAACUGCUUUGAAUGAUGAGGGAGAAAUUAAAUGUACAGCCACAAAUCGAGCUGGACAUGUUAGCACACGGGCUAAGCUUGUUUUAGAAGCCUAUCCAAGAAUACGUCUUCCUCGACAGUAUGAAGAUGGAUUAUUAUUCGAGCAAGAUGAGACAAUUAGAUUGAAAGUUUCAGUAGCUGGAAAACCACUGCCAACAGUUGCUUGGUUUCACGAUGGAGAGGUCAUAAACUCUGAUGAAAGACAUGUAAUUGAAGCUUUAGACAGUGGUGAAUGUUCUAUGAAGAUUCCGGCCGCAAGAAGACAAGAUCGAGGGGAAUAUACUGUAAGAGCUGUAAAUAAACUCGGUGAAGACAUUGCAUCGUUUCUCGUCACCGUUACAGAUCGACCAGCAGCUCCAGAAAAAGCUACAAUUGCUAUGACAUUAGGAAGAUCUGUUACAUUAUCUUGGAAAGAACCUGAUGAUGACGGAGGAUGUAAAAUAGGGACCUAUAUAGUAGAAUACUAUAGAAUUGGAUGGGAUGUCUGGUUAAAAGCAGCAACUUGCAGACAACCUACGACAACUUUGGGCGAAUUGAUAGAAGGAUCGGAAUAUAAAUUUCGAGUGAAAGCUGAGAAUCCCUAUGGCGUCAGCGAUCCGAGUGACGAAAGUGAUGUCAUUUUCAUUCCAGAUCCUAAAAGAGGAAUUCAUUCACCACCAUUAAAACCAGAUAAAUCUCAAAGCCAAAGAGAGAUUCACAGAGGCAGAAGUGAAAAACGUGAACAACCUCAGAGUUCUAAAAGAACACGAAGUUUGACAAGAGAAGAAGGGACACGCAAUAAUAAUCGGGAUGAUUUUAUAACUCCACCUUCAAGGUCGGUUUCUGUUCAUAAAUUAACUCCUCAAGCACCAUCAAAACCUCCGAGAACUGAUAGUAGAGUUACAUUCGCUGAUACAGUCUUUUUACAUGUUGAAAAACCAUUAGAAGAUAUUGCUCCUGUUCCACCAGCACGACCAAAGACUAAGAGAGAUAAACAUCAAAACAUAAUUAAAGAUGAAGACAUUAAGAAAGAAAAUGUUGAGGAAAAAACCUCGAGUAUUACAACAAUUAUUAGACAACCAUAUUUUAAUGACACAGGAGGUUCACAACGAUCUAUUAAAGAAAAAUCACCAUCACCAAUGCCAUCACCAAUUAUUCAAGUUCAACAAUCGAACGUCUAUGAUCCAAGACGUACAAGAUUAUCAUUGCCAAGAGAACAAAGUAUAGGUGAUGAUGACUUUCGAGGUAGUUCUGAGUUUAUGUUAGUACUGUAUCCAGAUAAGGAAGAUGGUAAAAAACAUCCGUUAAUGCGAUCAGCUUCUGAUGGUGAUGCAGAAGAUGAUGAAGACUUAGUACCUCCUCCCAUGUCCCUAUCAUUACCCGAAUUAUUUAAUGCUGAUCAUCAAGUCGUAGAAAUUUUAAGGCAAGCAGUGAGUUCAACAGAACUUCUUCAUGAGCGAGCCAUGGAACGUUUUUACAGAGCAGUUGCUGUAGAAAAAGCAGAAGCAGCAAAGAAGAAUGAUUCAAGUGCACCUAAUAAUCAAAAAGAUGGUCUCGACUUUUUAUCGGGUAAAUUACGAAACACAAGAUUGAAAAGAAGACUUUCUUCGGGAUCUCCGACAUCUGGAGUUAAAACUAAAUGGAAUCGUAGAAGAUCAAGUGAAAGUCAAGCGUCUCCGCAACCUCCUCAAGAUACAAUUACAGAUUUGAUACCUCUAGUACCUCAACUGGUAGCAUCGGAUCCAAAUUUACACAAAAAUUUUAAUAAUCCCAAAGACAAUUUUCCUAUGGAAAAUUUUUCAACAAUUCCUUCAUCAUUAGGCUUACAUCGGUGGGAUAAUAAAAAUAUGCCUUUAGUACCUGAAAUCACCCUUGAAGAACAAUCUCGAAGCGAAUAUUACCGAGAUGUAAAAACUCCGGAUAGAGAGAUAGAAGAAUUAGUUAUAGCUGUUGACUAUGAAGAAUCGACUGAUGAAGAAUUAGAAUCAGAAGGAACUGAUAGUGAAGACUUGAAAACAUUGAAGUCCAGAUUAUUAGCACAAUCUACUUUAGAUGAAGAAGAUACUUAUCAUCCUCGAGGACGACCCAUUGCCUAUACUCCUAGCCCUGAACCCGAUUAUAAUAUAUCUAUAGAAAAUUCAAGCCAAAAUAGACUUUCACCUUUACCAGGUAAUAACAUACAACCUAAAUCAAUUUUAAAGAAACGUACUGAAGAUGAACCAAUUGCUCUUAACCACUUUGGACGACCUAUUCCUCCAGAACAACCUAUUUUAGAAAGGCAAACAAAUACAAAUACAUUAAAAAAUGAGAAAAUUACUUCAUUUGAACCCUCUGUUACUUUAAGAAAAAAAUCAUUAACUGAAUCACCUGAUGUUACGAAACUUAUUAUUUCAGAGAUUGGUAAUGACAAUGCAAGUUUAGUGAAUGCAGCAGAAGUCGCUAAAAGUAGGAGAAGACCAAGUUUAAAACCUGAGCUAGAAAAAAAAUCUUCCGUCGAAGAAAAAGACGAUUUAGAAGGUAGAAUGGCUGUUGUUGAUCAUUAUACAGAAAUUGUAAAAGAAUAUGCUACAAGUCACAUGGCUUUUCCUCCUCGAUUCAGACCAAGUACUGUCCAAACUCAAUAUAAAAUGAAUUUAAAUCAAAAAGACCCUGAGAUUUCUAUAACCCAACCAAAACAUACGGAAGAAAUUUCUUUAGCAAAAAAAAAUAUAGAAUCAAAUUUUGAAAAAUCGAGUACCAGCUCUAGAGCUACAACUCCAUCAAACAUGACAAUUAUUCGACCAAGUAGACAAAAUUCAAGAAAUGAAUUACCUUCUCCAAGAUCUCGCAAUACCUCGGUUGAGAGGAAAAUACGAUCAUCACCAAAAACGAGUCCAAGGGAACCAUCUCAUGAUCGAGAAGGAUCGAGACCCCCUUCUAGAAUAAGACGACGAGAAAUAUCUAGAGACAGAGAAUCUCCACCAUCACGUUCAUCAUCCCGACAAAGGAAAGAUAUUUCUCGUCAGGGUAGGUCUUUCAGAGCAAACUCCAAAGAAAGAUUUAGAUCUUUUGACAUGAGUCCAAGUGACUCGGAAACUUCUCAGAGGUUAACUCGACGAAAAGAAAAUAAUUACCAACGGUCAGAAAGAUCUCGAAGAAGUUCAUCAAAAACUUUUGAUAGAGUAGAAGGUAGAAAUGGAUCAGAAGGAUCUACUGGAAUAAAUGAACAAUUAAUUGCUGAAGCCAAAGUUAAGGUUAGGUCAACAAUGAGUUACACCGUAGAUUUAAUUAUUCUUGUUGCUGCAAUGUAUGUUUACCUUUUUAAAAAAGAGAUAUUAGCUAUUCCAUUAAUUUGUCUUCUUCUUUAUCGAAGAAUCCAAAAAGACAUCGAUGGAUGGAUACCUAAUUGGUGGAGAUCACAGCCUAAAAAAGAAAAAUUACUUCUAUUGUCUGUAGAAGGGGAGAAAUCAGAAAAUGGAGAAAAAUGGGAGGACGAGGAACUUGUAGCUACUGUCCUUGUUGGAGAAGAUCUUCUUAUUGAAUUAAAAUUAAAACCAGAAGAAACUCAUGAUCGUCAGUGCUUUCUCCUAUUUCGUGGAGAUCAGCUAAUAUCAUCCGAUCGGUACAGUGUCCAAACAUGUGGAAAUAUUGUUCAGUUAACACUGAAAAAAUCACAAAAAGAUGAUACAGGACAUUAUUCACUAGUAGCUAAAAAACUAUCCAAAAUACCAUUCGCUGACAACGGAACUCAAGAAGGACCACGAAGAAGAAUACGAAUGAACGUCCAAGAAGCCUCUAACGACCCUGCAGAGGGUGAACCUCCAAUUUUUGUACGCAGGCUUACUGACUUAGCUGUCAAAGUAGGAACAAGAACUCGCUUCCUUGUUGAAAUCCGCAGUUCUUCGAAUCUCAAGGUCACAUGGCAUCGAAAUGAUCACCCUGUGCAGGAAGGAUCGAGAUUUUCUUUCGUACAUGAAGGAAAUUUUUAUUGUGUAGAUGUAGCUCCUGUUAUGGUAGAAGAUCAAGGACAUUGGACUUGUAUGGUUGAAAAUAUUCAUGGAAGAUCAUCAUGCACAUCCUGUUUAAGUGUUAUUGUUCCAAAAGCUUAUAAACCACCUGAAUUUGUAGAAAAUCUUCAAGCACUUCUCAGUGAAGGUGGAAUCGUUUCUCUAGAGUGUAAAGUUAUUGGAGUUCCUACUCCAGUACUAAGAUGGUUUAAAGAUGAUCAAGAGAUUAAAGCUGGUAAUGUUUUUGCAUUAACUGCAAAUGCUGAUGAUCCUACUUCAUUAGGAAUAUACACUUGUCAAGCAACUAAUUGUUUAGGCACUGCAUUUUCUUCAUCGAAGGUUCAUGUAGUAGGCAAAGGCAGUAGAGAAGGUUCAUUAAAACCAGCUGAUACUUUAAAACUAUCAGGACCUCUUCCAGUAUUUAAAAAAAUUUUAAAAGAUGAAUCUUGUAAAAUUGGAGAUACAAUUACUUUAUCUUGCCAAAUACAAGUCCCACCUUGGCCAAAAAUUAUUACUUGGUAUAAUAAAGACGGAAAAAUUGAACCUGAUGAUAAAUAUCAUGUUAUAGAAGAUGGGCUAGGAACUUUUUCUAUUGAGAUAAGAGGGGUAGAAGCUAUGGAUGAAGGAGAGUGGAAAUGUGUUGCAACAAGUAAUGAAAAUAUGAAACAAUUUUCAACUUGUUACGUUACUAUGUCGAUUCCAAGAAAUUAUCGAGCACCUAGAUUCAUGGAAAGUCUCAAAGCUGUUUUAACUGAAGAAGGAUUAGUUUCAUUCGAAUGUAAAGUUGUUGGUUUUCCCAUUCCUCUUUUGAGAUGGUUCAAGGAUGGCCAAGAAUUGAAACCUGGAGAUGUUUAUCAACUUACUGGAACCAAUUCAUUAGGAUCUUAUUGCUGUAUUGCACGAAAUUGUAUGGGUGAAGCAAGAAGUACAGCAGAGCUUACAGUAGAAGAUAUUCAAAAUCAAUUAAAAGAAGAAGAACGAAUGCAACUUUUGAGUUAUAAUCAAGUUCCUAAAUUUAUAAAAGGUUUAAGAAGUUGUGAAGCAAGGAUUCAAGAUGAAUUUACUUUUACUAUUCAAGUCACUGUAGCACCAGAACCCACUCUUUCGUGGUAUCGUGACGAUGAGCCAAUAAUAGAUAACGAUAAAUACAGAAUAACUCGUGAAGUACUUGGUAAUUAUCACCUAGAGAUUCGAACAUUGGAAUUCAUUGAUCAAGCUGAGUGGAAAUGCGUUGCUGAGAAUGAUUUUGGUCACAGCGUAACUUCGUGUUUUUUAAAACUUAUCAUUCCAAAGCAUUUCAAGAAACCUAAAUUCUUAGAGAGCCUUCGAGCAAUUUUAACUGAAGAAGGUGCUGUUAAUCUGGAGUGUAAAGUAAUCGGAGUUCCACAACCUGUUUUAACUUGGUACAAAGAUGAUGCAGAAUUAAAACCUGGAGACAUUCAUAGAAUCACAUCGGGACAAGAUGGAACAUGUUGUUUAGGAACAUAUACAUGCAAAGCAACGAAUUGUAUGGGCUCUGUGAGUAGUUCAGCUUCUCUUCUAGGCUUUGAAGAUAAAGUAGCUAUGAGACAAGAAGAAACGAAAACAUCUAGUUCUCCAGUUUUACAUGAUCUUGCAAGAAAUCUCUCUCUAUCAACAAUUCAUGAAGAAAGAACGUCUCAAUUAUAUGAUACACCACAAACUGAUUAUUCAAUGACUAUGGAUGAUAAAGGUGAAGUAUCAUUUAGUUUCGAUGGCAAAGAAGUAUCAGUUAGCCUUUAUGAAACUCCGGAUUUAACAGAAGAAGAAGCUAUUCAAAUUGUUGAAAUGUAUGCGGAUCAAUUAUCUGAGCAUAUAACUGAAGGGAACAUUAUUGAAUUACCUCCAAUGCGAUUUACAAAAGAAACAUCAACCACUGGAAAUCUUUUGAUGGAAGCUGUAGUCAUAGAUGUAUCUCCGGAUUACUUUGCUGCUGAUGAGGAAGCUGAUGAUCUCCGUACGGAGGCCGAUUUCGAAGAUGUUUCCAUAUUGGACGAUCAAAUGCAAAGUAUUUUAUCUUCAGUUGGUAGAGAAGGAUCUGUAGAUUGUACUCCAGUUAGUUCACCAGCACCGAGAUCACGAACAAAAAAAAAAAAACGAUCAGGAAGUGAUUCUUCGAAUAGUGAUAUGUGUAAUAAAAGUGAAACAAACCAGCCUAAGAUUAUGGACUGGUCUGAGAGUUAUCACAGUGCAAAAGAACCUUCAUUUCAGGCUCAAUUAUCAGUUCAAAGUCAAGAUAGUGUUGAUGCAUUCGCAGAUGCUUUGUCAUCGGAUGAAUUGGCUAAGGUGUUUUCCAGAAAUCUUAAAAAAGAAAUUAUAAGGAAUCUUCAUGCUGAAGAAAAUGUUGAAGAAUUGUCAAAUAGAGUUAGCGAUGAAAUUGCUGUAGCUACUCACCAACUUGCAGAUUCAAAUAAGGAAUUCGGUGAAAUUACACUAAUGGAAUCACUAGAAGAGCCAGUUUCAAUAAAGCGAAAAAGAAAAAAAAAAAUCAUCUAAGGUGAGAUUGCAAAAUUAUCUAAAACAAGCUCUGAAGAAUCGUAUACUAUGAAUGCUGAUGAAAAUGAGCCAAAGGAAAAGGUCAAAAGACGGAAAAGUGAAGAAAAAAUAAUUAUAGAAGAUAGAAAAGACAUUAUAGUCAUUGAUGAAAAACGGCAGGAAAGUCAAUCGAUGAUUGAAAGUGAUUUUCAAAAACAAUACAUGAAAGAAGAGUAUGAAAUUGAUGGAGAAAAGCUAUCAUCAAUAACGUCAUCAGUUUUUUCAACUGCUCCGGAGACUUCUGAAAAAUUAAACCAAAAAAUGAAACUACUCGAAAACUUGAAGACUCUUUCUACUCCUGUAUUCAUACUUAGAGAAACUCUUAUUGAUUUAGAUAAUGUUUUAGAAAAUUAUAGGACUGAAUUUGAUGAAAUAACGUUACAUGAACUGAUUAUAAGUAAAAUAGUACGUCCUAUUGAAAAUAUUUGCGAGCAAAUGUCAGUUAUAGAAAAUGAUGCAAUCAAAUCUGCUGGUAAAAAAUCAUUAAUUCAGGAAAUAAGAAUAUUAUUAUUAGAUUCAAUUGGUGGACCAACUGAAGAACUUCUUCGAGGUAUAGAAUUAAUAAAAAGUCAUAAGAGCGGAGCUCAUGAAGAUUUCACAUCAGAUUUAAUUGUUUUAGAAUCAUUAACGGAUCCUGUUGAUGAUAUUUUAGCAAGCUUAGCAAAAAUCGAAUAUGGUUUAAGAAGUAAAGAAGAACGUGAGUUAUCAAUACGACCAAAAAAUCCAAUCAUUCUAGAAAAAAUGACUAGAGCUAUAAGUCAAUUUGGAAAAACUCUUAACACAAUUUUACAGAAACAUCUUAAAGCAAGUGGAUCUGAAGAAGUUCUUUGCUUAGGGGAAAGACUUCAAUGUGUUUACCAGAAUUUAGAUUCGUAUAUUUUAUCAUUGCCAUUAAAUAAAAUAACUGGAGCUCUGGAAAAUAGUUCUGAUACGUUACUUAUUGAAAGUUUAGUAAGACCUGUAGAAAAUUUACUCCAUUCUUUAGAUAAGUUUUCUCAAUUUGAAGCAGAUACAAUUGAUGGACGAGCAAUUUAUGAACUCGAAAAUUCAAUAGUUGAAUUAAAAAAUAAAUUAGAGACUUUAACUAUAGCACUGGAAUCUUAUGAAAAAGAAAAUGAGAAAAUGGGAAUAGCUGGAAAAAAUUUAGAGUUAGUGAAUUAUUUAAAAUGGACAAUGGAUGACAGUACAGAUAAAUUAAAAAAAAUGCAACAAUCACGAGAAGUUAGAGUUUUAAAUAAAGUGAAAAUUUCACAAAGUGAAGAAGUAGAGCCAGAGUCUGAAACAAUUGAUUCUAAAAAAUUACAAUCAAGACGAGAAACAUAUGUUAGUAAAAUGACAUCUUUGGACUCAAUAUCACCUGAACUCGAUGAAAAUUUACCUCUUCCUGAGAUGCUAUUAGAUCCUCUAAUUGAUGUUCAAGCGAAACUAAACGCUGCUCUAAGACAUUAUGAAUCUCAAAUGCCUCCUGACCAAUUUUCUCUUCCUCUGACAGAAUUAACUGUUGUCAUAACAGAGCUUCGUGAAUGUGUAUCAUCAGUAGCACACGUUGCUACAACAUUAAAUAUUGAAGAUAUAUUGAAUCAUAUAAUAAAUCUCAGAGAGCCUUUGUUAGAUCUACAAGUGGCUAUUACAUCAAGUCCGUCGAUCGAAGAAUAUAUUUUAAUUGAAGAGAUUAUUAAACCUUUAAAUGAGCUAAAUAAAAUUUUUGUAACUGUAGCUAAAUCUUCUUCAAUUUCAGAGUCAUCUAAAGUAAUUUUAGAUGAAAUGUCAAAAAUUACGGAUGAUAAUUUAGAGCAACUGUAUAAAAUUCAAGAAACAGUUUUUCCUGAACUAUCAGAAAAAUCUGCUAAACAAAAGGCAACUGUUAAACCUCCAGAAGAAUUAGACCAAAUGUCUUUGACUCUCAGUAGUAUUCAUUUUGCCAUGUCUUCAGCUUUAGAAAAAGCCAACGAAUAUUCUUAUAAUGUUGCAGAAAUUAUUAAAUCUGAAAGUCCAUUAAGUACUUCUAGCCCAGCUUAUAAACUUAUUUCAUCUAUUAACAUUUUGCGACAGUCUAUUGGAGACGUAGCAGUUGCUAUUGCCUCUCCGAUAAUUCUUCAAAACGACAAUUUAGAGUACGAUUAUAAUGUAGUUUUAGAAGAACUUACUAAGCUUGAAGAGCCUCUUUUGAAUUUACAAAAAAUUUUAUUAACUGAAAAACAUAAUCCUAAAGAAAGGUACAUUUUAAAUGACAUUGCUAUUCCCCUUCGAGCUUUGAAAAAAUCUGUAGUAGAAAUGACGAAGGGUCAAUCUGCAAAAAUUAUUCAAUUACUUGAAGAUGUGGAAAAAGAUGUCGCCUUAGUAGCCAUGGAAGCUCUAAAGAAAGCCCUCAUAGGAAAAAUAGACACUGAGGAUUCAUCAAUUAGUAAUUCUGCACCUGGAGAAGUUCCAAAAGUUGUGACAAAAUGGUUAGAUCCAGUAGAAAGUUGGUUAUCAUCAUCACCAGAAGACACUGACGAGAAAAAAAAAGUUUGUUCUGCAAUAAAUUCUGCUGUAAAUGAUCUCAAAAGACAAGUAUUGAAAAUUGCAAUUCAAUCGUCUUAUUCAGAGCCUCCAAGUGAUGUUGCUUUGAUUGAAGAGCUUGCUAGAUUAAAAGAACCUUUAUUAAAGGUUUGCGAAGUUAUUAUGAGUGAACAUAACCCGAUUGAUAUAAAAGUAAUGGAACAUUUGAUUCAACCUAUAAAACAUUUAUUAGGUACAGUUUUAGAUGUAUCUUCAGUUUAUCAAGCAAACAGUAUUCUUCAGCCGGUUCUUAAAGCGUUAGAACAGUUAGAGAAUCAAAUUUUAUUGUCAAUACAAAUGGCUUCUUAUGAAAAAGAUUUACAGAAAACUGUUGCUGCUUUAAUCUCUGAAGAUUCAGAGCAAGAAAAAUCUACAUCAUCAGCAGAUGAUUGUAAAAAAAUGGUAUCAGAGGCAAAAAUAAACUUUGAGGAUAAAAUUAAACCCAUGGAAAAAAUGAUAGAACUUGAAUCUAAAAUUGUUGAACGUGAAGAAUCUUAUAAUGGUAUGAAAUCUUCAAAUACAGAUCAACAAGUAAGUGAAAUAGAAGAGAGUAUAUGUCAAAGUAAUCUAGAGGAAGAUGCGGCAGAUAUUAAUGACAUUGAGCUUAUAAAACAACAAGAAGUUCAAAUAGCAUUAGCGAAAGCUCGCAUAGAAGAAUUAGAUCAUUGGUCACUUACUCUCAUAAAUCCUCUCGAUCGAUUAGCUUCUACAACAUUAUCUCUAGAUAGAUCAAUAGAUGAAGAAGUACAUUCGGUACUUUGUCGGCCUUUGGAUUCUUUACAUAAACAAAUUGAAUUAGUAGAAUCUCAAAUAAAUCGGCCAGCCGGUCAAUCGUUAGAAAAUGAUAUUGAAACGAUAAUUGAAGGAUUUUUAUCUCCAAUGAAACAAGUGGAAAUAGCUCUUAAAAGUGCUAUUGGUAUUUGGUAUAAAACUCCUGCUAAAGAAACAGUUUUAAAAUUUUUACAUGAUCUAGUUGAAUCUUCGUCUGACUUACAACAACGAUUGGACUCUUUGAGAUUUAAAUUAAUUACCGAAGCUCCUGAACAGACAAUUCAAGUCCAAAAAUCAGAAGCUUCAUUAGUAGAAACUAUUUCUGCAGUCCUUGUGCCAUUAGAAGGAAUUAAAGAAAUUAUCAAUAAUUUAUUAGAAACAAUUGAAGACAAAAAAGAUGAUGACACUGAUGAUUUGACACUAAUAGAAGAUCAUACUUCAACUGAAGAUGUUAAACAUAUUGAACAAGCGACAGCACGUCCACUUGAAGAGCUAAUUGAAGCAAUUGUUGAUCCGGAAAAUGUAAAAAGUACGUCUACAUCUCUUGAAGUUGAGCAAAUUAAACAAACUCUGUCAAGUUCCCAAGAAGAAAUUAUCGAAAAAAGAGAAGAAAAAUUAGCUGAAAUGAUAGUUGAUGAUAGUGCAGAAUUAAGAAUAUCUGAAUUACAAGAAAAAUAUUCUGAUAAGAUUGUUGAACAAGAGGUUACGACUAUGACUACUCAAGAAAUUUUAGUAGCAGCUAAAGAACAACCAAGAGUAUCACUUUCACAAAAUUCUCCAAAUAUUAAUGAAUUUAUGUUCGAAGAACUAAUUUCUGAUACUCAAGAGCAACAUAUUCAACUACAAGAAAACAAUUUUUCUCUAUUAAUAGACCAACAUGAUCUCCAUACUUUGCUUAUGCCGACUGUGUCAGCUGAAAGCCAACAAAUAAUGGAAGAACAUGACAAUUUGAUUUUAUCUGAAAUACAUGAAAUUCAAGAAAUAAUUGUUGAAGAAAACAUUAAAGAUACAAAAACAGGAUCAUUAUUACAACAAGCAAGUGUUAAAGGAAUAGAACAAUUGAAGGAAACUACAGAAAAGUCAAUCGAAAAAGUUCCGUUGAAUGCAGAUAUAAAUAAUGAAAACUUUUUAAACCAAAUCGAAGAAAUUGUAAUAAGUGAAUUAGAUCGUCAAAAUGCGUUAUCUUUUAAAAGUAAAAGUCUUAUAGACGAUAUUGACUCAGCUGUCAGAGAGAUGAUGAUAAAGUGUCCGCAGAUUUGUCAAGAGCAUACAUUUGAAGAGAGUGUUCGUGAUAUUGUUGUGGAAGAAUUGCUAAAGGUUAAGGGUCUAAUUCAAGUUAAUGAUAUUGCUACAGGGGACGGAAUCACUAUAAAAGAAGAGAAUAUUAAACAAGUUCCAGAGGUUAUUUCGCAAAUUAUUUUUGAUGAAAAAAUAAAUGAAAUUAUUUCUGACGAAAUUUAUAACCAGAAUAUUCAAAUUAUUAAUCAAGAAGGUUUGAUACAACCCGUAGAGAUUAAAGUUGAUGAUAUUCUUUCAUUUUCGCAAACUUCACAAGAAAUUAUUUCAGAAGAUAAUAUUCAAGAAAUGGUAACAGAUAAAAUAGAAAGGCAGCAUCAAAUAGCAUCAGAAGUAGUUUUUUAUAUUACCGAAGGAAAAAUAGAUAAUUUAAUUAUAGAACAAAUCAAAAAACACAAUAUUGAAAUCGUAGAAGGAGAAGAUAACUUAUUAGAAACAGUAAAAAUGAGAAUUCAAGAAAUCAUUUUAAAUUGUCCCAAAAUACAAAAAGUAAACAUUCUUGAAGAUAAAGUCCGAGAUAUAAUUACUGAUGAGUUGAUUUCAUUAGAGAAAAAUAAAGAUGUUCAAAGUAAACCAGGAAUAUCUAUUCAUACAUUGCAAGAUGAAUCGAGUAAAGCAAUAGCUACUAUAUCAUCUGCUUUGCAACAAAAAUUUGAAGAAACAGUAAAAAAUAUUCUAUCUAAGGAACUUGAAAAACAAAAUAUUCAUCCAACAACUCAAGAAAAAGAAACUUUUGAAGACAAAAUUCAAAACAUAAUAAAUUCUUAUGCUAAAAUAUUUGAAGAAAAUAUGAGUGAAGUAUUACUUCAACAAAUAAUAAUUGAAGAGGUAGAAAAAUAUACAGCAGAAAUAAAUAAAUCUCAAGAAUUAAACGUAGCUAAACAAUCAGAAGUUGCCAAAGAAAAAAUAGAAUCAGAGAUUAUUGAAGAAGUCUCAGAUUUUUCUCCAAUAAAACUUGAAGAACAUAUUAGACUCAUCAAGGAAGGGGAAAAUAAAAGUGAAAAACUUACAAAAGAAAACAAGAUUUUAGCGUAUUCUGAUACUAUUGAAGGAACGAUCCAAAUGAAAACGGAGAAUCUUUUAGAAAUAUCUGAAAGUUUACAUGUUAUAACAUUAUCUGAAUUAAAAAUAUCUGAUACAGAUCAUCUUAUAGAACCUAAUGAAAUUAUUAUCACUGACAUUGAAACUGACAAACGAGAAUCAGAUAAAAUAAUUAUAAAAACUCAAGAAUCAAGACAAAGCGAAUUUUCUAAAGAUGAAAUUAAGAUGUUAGUAAUAAAUGAAAUCGAAAAAAAAAAUGUUCAAAUGAUGGUAGAUGUAGAUUUUGUAAAUAAUGUGGCAGAUAAAAUUCAACAAAAUAUUAUUAAUCAUCCUGAAAUUAUUGAAGAGCAUCUCCUUGAAGAAAAUGUUCAGAAUAUUGUUGAAACAGAAAUGGAAAAGAAAAAGGUAGACAUAGUUGAAGCAGAAAAUUUAGACAUAAUCAAGAAAGAAGAAAAAUUAGUAAAAGAAUUAAUAUCUCCAAUAGAGAAAGAAAGUAUGGUACUUGAAGAAACAGUUCAUGAUAUGAUUAUAGAAGAACUUGAAAAAGAAUAUGUAGAGCCUUCGAAGCAUAAAGAUCUUCUAAAUAUUAUUGAACAGCGCGUGCAAAAUUUAAUUUUAAUGCAUCCUGACGAAGAUAAAACAGCAAAAAUGGAAGGAAAUGUCCAAAAGAUUGUUUCACACACACUUGAAGAUAAAAAAAUAAAUAAAUUAGAUGUUGAAAGUCUAGUAAAAGCUGUAAAGCAAGAAGUUCAAGCUGAAAUCCAUAAGCUUCAAUCAGAAAAAGUUCUAAUUUCCGAAAAAAUUAGUAAUGAAAAAAGAGUGAAAAUAAUUGACAAAGAAAAUGUUGAACUAUCAAAACAAGAUAAAAUAAUUAAAAAAGUUGAAAAUACACCUCAAGAAUUAAAUAUUCAACAUCCAGAGGUAUUUACUGCUGAUAUGUUAGAUGAAAAAGUUGAUGUAAUUGUAGCUGAAAUAAUUAAAGAACAAGAAAUUCAAGUGUCUCAAGUAGAAGAUUUUUGUAAAGCAGAAGCACAAGCAAGUGAAAUAAAAAUUUUACAAGUUUCUUCUAUCACCGAAGAACAGAAAUCUAUAAAAACGUUUAAAGAUAAAAUCGAAUCAGCUAACAAAAAAAUCGAACAAGAAUUGAACUUGAUUAAAGAUAGUAAAGCAGUUGAAGUAUCAGUUACUCAACCAGAACAAAUUUCUAAAGAACAGAGACUGGGAGAGGUGCCUAAAGAAGAAUUAGAAAAAGCUCCAAUUCUAUCGACAUCAGAAAAAGUAACUGUGAUGUCUGAUGAUGAAUCCAAACUUGAUAAAACUCAAGAAGAAAAUACAAAAUUUUUAGAAAAUACAAAACAAACUAUAAAAAAAGAAGAAAAGUCUGAAGCAAUUGAUGAAGGAAAAAAGAAGAUUCAAAAAACAGAAAAGCCACUUCGACGUCCAUCACAAAUGUUAGCACAAGUUCCUGUAGAAAUAGUCCAUGACAUAAUGAGAGAAGAGAUAAAUAAAUUAAAUAUCGAACCAUCAGAAGAAGCUACUCUCCUCAAAGCCGUUGAAGUUAAAAUUCAAGGUAUGAUUGCUCGGUAUCCGAAAGUAUCUAACAUAGAAAUACAAGAAGAAAAUGUACGCCAGAUCGUUGCUGACCAAGUAGAGGAAGAAAAAGCAAAAAUAUCAGAGUUUACUGAAAUUCUUUUUCAAGCACAGAAGAACGAUAAGAAGCCAAAAGUGUUGGGAAGUCCUGCUACAACACAAAUUCAGAUUCCUGAAGAGAUUGUUCAUGAGUUAUUAAUUGACGAACUUCAAAAACAAAAUAUCGAAUUAUCUCAAGAAAACAAUUUAGUCAAGGCUAUUGAAAUAAAAAUCUACGAUUUCAUUGCUCAACAUCCAGAGAUAUCACGAGAAGAGAUUCUAGAAGAAAAUGUUAGAGAUAUUGUAACAGAACAGUUGGAAGAGCAGAAAGCCCGUAUUUAUGAAGUUGAAAAUUUAGAAAAAAUUACUAAACCAAAUAAGGCAACUGAUAUAUUUAACGUUCCUGUCACAACUCAAGAACAAAUUCCGGAAGAACAAGUUCAUGAAAUGGUUAUUGAUGAAUUUCAUAAACAGAAUAUUCAACUAUUGACUGAAGAAAAUCUUGUAAAAGCUGUAGAAGCUAAAAUACACGAUUUAAUUGCCCAACAUCCUGAUAUUUGUAAGAAUGAUAUUUUUGAAGAAAGUGUGAAAGAUAUUGUUAUAGAAGAAUGGACUAAGCAACAAGCUAAUGUUACUGAAAUUCCGAGUAAUUUAGUUGAAGCAAAUCAACAAAGUGUACAAGUCGAAAUUCAAGAAGCUCAACCAGAAGCUCCGAAAAAAGUUGAAAAUUUGCCUUCUGAAGAGAUAGUAGUUAAAGAUGAUGACAAAUUCGAUGUUAAAAAAGUUAAUAGAAAUAUUGAAAUGACUACUGAAGAAAAGCAAGAGAAUAAUCAGAAACCUUUGAGUCCCGAUGAAGAUACACCGAAGCGGAAAUCAUCAAAAGGUGAAAAAUCUCUAAAACAAAAAGGAGAUACAUUCAAACGAAAAUCAUCUAAUGAGGAAAGUCAAGAAGCCGAGAAUCAAAUCGAGGAAAUAAAUAAUCAAGAAAAAGUUGACACAAAAUCUAUAACCAAAAAAGAUAAUGUAGGAUUUGAAAUAAAAUCAGAAGAAAGUCAAAUAGAAAAAGCAAAACUUGAUAGUACAAUAAAAGAAAUAAAAAAUUUUAAAAGUAUCGAAGAACAAGAAAAGUUUAAAGAGAAGAUUAAAAGUUCUGUUUUUCAAACAAAAGAUAAUAAUUAUCGAGAAAAAUCUAAAGAAUAUUUAAAGAAGACUGACAAAGAUAUUGUAGAAGAAAUUAAUAAAAAUCAUAAAGAAAGAAAUAUUUGUCGGCGGACAGACAUUGCUACGGACUUAAAAGAAGAUAUGAAUAUUGAUAAGAAAUAUAGAGAUGAAGAAAUUACAUCAAAAAAAUUAUCCACGUUUAAAUUUAAUUCUGAUUUAGACUUUUCAAGAUCUACUCUUAAAGAUGAUUCCCUGGGGGAUAAUGAAAAUCGAAAUAUACCACCAACUAUAGAGAUUGAUUAUGAUGAUUCUUUGUCUCAGGAUCUAUCACGUCGAUCUAAUGCAUCAACUUUAUCAAGGAGACAUCGUAAUCUUGAAUCACUUGAGUAUGAUGAUAAAAGUCAUUAUUCUUCAAUAACAAGUAGAUUACCUACUUUUACACCAGGACCAAGAGAUCGUGGAAAGAAACCUUCAUUCUGUACCAAGCUUACAGAUAGAACUGCAGCAGAAAAUUCAAGAAUUAAAUUAACGUGUACUAUUCUCAGUGACGCUGAAUUAGAAGUUGAUUGGUUAAAGGAUGGAAAAAUUUUGCCACCAUCAAGUAAUAAACAUGGAAUUCAUUUAGAAAAUGGAAUGGCAUCCUUGGAACUGUAUGGUGUAAAGCCUAAAGACUCUGGAAAAUAUUCAUGUGUUGCUAAAAAUUGUCAUGGACGAGCUAGCACUGAAGCUAAAUUAAAAGUUUAUUCUGGAUACGAACCAACACCAUCAAUUCCUACAUUUACAAGAUCAAUUAAAGAUACUUAUCGGAAAGAAGAGAAUACACUUGUAUUAGAGUGUAGAGUUCGAGCACAACCAUCACCGAUAAUAACUUGGUUGAAGGAUGGACAAGUUUUGGAAAUGGGAGAUCGAUAUCAACAAAGUGAUUUAUCUGAUGGAAUAUGCAGAUUAAAAAUUUUCAAUCCAGAUCAUUAUGACAGUGGUUUAUAUACUUGUAGAGCGGAGAACGAAACAAGAUUAAGUGAUAGAACUUCUCAUUUGGUUGAAUUUAAAACCACAGGUCGAUCAAAGAGUACAAGUUGGCGUAAUAGUAGUAGUAGUAGUAGUAAUUACUACGACGUAACAGGUACCGAUAAAGAUACUGGAAGACCUCGAUUCUCUAACCACUUGACAGAUCAUAGUGUUCCAGCUGGUGGGACAAUUGCUCUUCAAGUAGAAGUCAAAGGAGUACCGCCUCCAGAAAUUACUUGGAUGAGAGCAGACAAAAAAGGAACGAUUUCUGUACCGCGAGCAAGAACAUUUGCUGAUUCUGGUAUUUACACGCUGAUUGUUCCUGAUGCUACAGAAUUAGAGACGGGGACUUAUGUUUGUCGUGCAAGCAAUACUUAUGGAUAUGUUGAUACCUCAGCAAAUGUCGAAGUUAUUUCAGGAAGCCGGGAUGGAGGUAAACCUGCUAUGUUUAUAUCUCGACCACCUGAUAAAGUGAUUAUCGUUGCGGUUGGAGAAGAUAUUAGUGUAUCUUUUAGAGCCGGUGGAGUACCAAAACCAAAAGUGAUUUGGAUGAAAGGCCUGACAGACAUAACAAAUGGUCCUAAAUCUUAUAAAGAAGGACACGAUGACUACGUCAGGUUAACAUUGAAACGUAUCUGUGCAUCAGAUGAAGGAACAUAUUGUAUUCUUUUAAAAAAUCGUUAUGGAUGUGACAGAAGUUUCUUCUCAAUUCAGGUUAAACAAAAAGCAAGGUCUUUAACGCCUUCUCCAGAAUGGGAUUCCGUAGAAACUGACAGUAUCUUAGCCUCAAUUCACGAUAAAGAAAAAUCCUAUGUUAAACAAGUUCCUGGACCAAUUUCCAGUGAACCAAUUAUAACUGAUGGUGGACGCAACUGGUUAGCAUUGACGUGGGGAAAACCUGAACAGAAAGGUUUCGCACCAGUUGUCGCUUACAGAGUAGAUGCCUGGCAAUUGGGUAGUGAUGGUGGAGCAAGAUGGGUUGAGCUUGGCGUCACUCCCGUUAACACCUUUGAUGCAUUCAAUCUUCGACCCGGAGAAGAAUAUAAAUUCAGAAUAACCCCGAGAAAUCGAUACGGAUGGGGUGAGCCAGUGACAAUGACAAAUUCUGUCACUGUCAGAGAAGUUGUUAAAUUUCCAGAGUUUAUUAAAAUACUUCCUGGUCAAUUGAAAGCUCUUCAAGGCACAAUUUUAUCUUUAGAGUGUGAGGUGAACAACGAUACUACAGUUCAAGUGAAAUGGUACCGAGAUACUACAGAAAUUGUAAACGGUCAAGACUCCAGAUUUACGACGUAUUUUAAUGGUAUCAAGUGUUCUUUAAUGAUUGGAAGUUUAACUGAGAACGAUUCUGGACGUUAUAUAUGUGAAGCUACAAAUACUGCUGGAAGAGUCUCCACAUUUGCUAGAGUUCAAGUAGUUGACGAUCCAAAAAUUGUUGAAGCUGAUACAAAACUUCGUAAAAUAAGAUCUUCAGAUAUUAUGAAUGAAGAAAGACCACCUGAAUUCACGAUGCGACUUCGCGAUAGACGAGUUCAAGCUACGUAUCCAGUAAGAUUAACAUGUCAAGUAACCGGAUAUCCAGAGCCUGAAGUAACUUGGUAUAAAUACCGUGAAGAAUUACAUCCUCAAAAUAAUAUUUUUAUUUGGAAUGAUGAUGCUCACUUCCAUACGCUGGAAAUAAGUCGAUCAACAAUAAAUGAUUCUGGUAUUUACAUGGCUCGUGCCAAAAAUGCUUACGGUUCAGUGUCAUGUCGCUGUUGUCUAGUUGUUGACAAAGGAAUCCGUGCUUACAUUGCGCCAGAAUUUCUUUCUCAUCUUGAUGCAGUUUAUAGUGUCAAAGCAGGUGGAGAAUUAAGAAUGAGAGCCCAAGUCGAGGCAUAUCCAACUGUUGGAAUAACUUGGCAUCGAGAUGGUCAUCGUUUGAGACCUAGCAGAGAUGUGGUGAUGACUUUGAAUCAUGAUGGAACAGUUGAGCUUGAUUUAGCUCACAUUACUCCAAGAGAUGCAGGCAUAUAUUGCUGUACUGCUACUAAUGAAGUUGGUCAAGCGGAAACGACAACUCAAGUCGUACUUCUAGAAAAAGAAGAAAUUUCAAAUAUUGAUCAGUCAUUACCAGACGAAUCUUUAAAUAUUCCAUACUCCAAAGAACCAGUAUUUAUAACGAAGCCAUUAUCAACAGAAGCUUACGAAGGUGACACAGUAAUAAUUUCAUGUGAAGUUAUUGGAGAUCCAAAGCCAGAUGUAAUGUGGUUACGAGAUUUUCUACGGCAUGAUUAUUACAAAGACGCCCCACACUUCAGAAGAGUUGGUGCUGGGCCUCAAUAUCGCCUAGAGAUACCUUAUGCUAAACUAGACUUUACUGGAACUUACUCAAUAAUUGCUAAAAAUUGCCAUGGACAGGCCAAAGCGGUGAUUUCUCUUCAAAUAUAUGCUCGAGGUCAAGGUAAAGGAGACAACGGAAUGGAAUCAAUAAUCAAACAUGGCAACGUUCAGACAUUGCCAGUGAUUAAGCGACCAUUGAGAGAUCUGAGAUGUUGUGAUGGAGAUGCUAUCUCUCUAGAGUGUAAAGUUCACGCUAUACCAGAGCCGGACGUGCGGUGGGAGAAAGGAGGAAAACUCAUACCACUUGGAGAAGAUUUUGCUAUCGACUUUGAUGGAGAUACUGCACGACUUAGUAUUCAACACGUAUAUCCUGAAGAUGAAGGAGAAUACACGUGUGUUGCUUAUAAUGACCUUGGAAAGGCAUAUACGUCAGCUUGUCUGAUAGUUGAUGUACCUGAAGGUAAAGAAACUGCUAUUAGUCGAAGAUUGACAAAACCUUUGAGGCUUCUUUCACCAAAUUCUACACCAAUUUCAACUCCAAGAUCCACUCCAGUUCGAAGUUUAUCCCCUUUGUGUACUUCCAAACGUGAAAUCAAAUCGAUUCCUAAAACAUUGCGUGGACACAUCGGAAAACGUCCGAAAAUGCCGACUAAUCCGAAAUUUUAUGCAGUUCCUCAUAAUCGAGUUGUUGAAGAAGGAGAAACUGUGAGAUUCCAAUGUGCAAUAGCAGGACAUCCUACUCCUUGGGUAAUUUGGGACAAAGAAGGAAUUUCUAUAACUCCAACAGCCAGAAUAUCAUUGAAAGAAAAUGAUGACAUAAGAGUUUUGGAAAUAACCGAAGUUACUCAUGAAGAUGCUGGAUUAUACAGAAUAACUUUAGAAAAUGAUAUGGGAAGAACAGAAGCAUCAGCGAGACUAGAAGUUAUUAGAGGUCGUCGUAAUUCUGCUUCAAGGUCAAUAGGCACACGAAGUGCGUCUCCGAGGACAUAUUCCAUUUAUGGUAGCAGAAGUAAUAUAUCCCCAUCGUCCAGGUGUGAUAACAGUCUAAGACCUCCACGCUUUAACGAUUUGAAAGAAAAAGGAGCGAGUAGUCCUACGCUUCCUCGAUGGCAUAACAGUAAUGAAAAAAAUUUGACCCAAACUGGAACAAAAAAUUAUAAAAUUACCAGUUCUUUAGAAGAAAAUAAAAUGAAUCCAAUAAAACGAAGCUCUUCAAUACCACGAAAUUAUCGACAUUCUCAAGAACGUGGAAAAUCAGAACCAAAAGAAAUGCUUGCAUCUCAAAAAAAAGUUAGAAAAUUGAAAGAUCAAUCAGGUAAAAAAAUAAAAUCAUCAAGUUUAUCCUCAUCACUUUCGAAGGAUAUUAAUUCGCAAUCAUUACAAGGGAAGUCUUUUCUAAAAUCUAUUGAUAAAAAUUAUAAAACAAAUGGAAGAAAAUUAAAAACUCUAGAUAUUGACAAGUUGAAGGCACCAGUAAUUCUGACGAUACCAGCAGAUGUAAUAGCAUUACAAGGUGCUAAAGUGAUGCUUUUCUCAACCUACAGAGGAUAUCCGAAACCAAUCGUUCGAUGGUUACGAAAAGGGCAAGAUGUGAUGUUGGACGAUAAAACUGAAAUUGAAACAAAUGGAGGUCUUACCUGUCUCACCUUGAAGGAAAUAACGUCUGAUGAAGGUGGUAAAUAUGAAAUUCAGGUCGAAAAUCAAUUGGGAAAAGAAUCAAGAUUUGUUAACGUUACAGUGGAAGGCCCUCCAGAGCCUCCACGAGAUUUAGUAAUUAUUAAGAAUCUCAGUAAUUUAGGCGAAGUGACUCUAAGUUGGAGAUCGCCAGUCUACGACGGAGGAAGAGCUAUAACAGGUUACUCUAUUGAAAUGAGAAAGGGCAACGAGCCCUGUUGGAUUGCUGUAGCAGAGGCUAAAUAUUCUCUUAGCCAUAAGAUUCAAAGGAUUGACCCUGAAGAAACUUAUUGCUUUAGAGUUCGAGCAGAAAAUAUUCACGGGUUAAGUGAAGCAGGAAUGGAGUCAGAAAUUGUCAACAUUAGUAAUGAUACUCAAGAAAUGGAGACGACUAUUAAUCCUUCACUAAGCUCCGAGGAAGAAAUUGAAGAAUCUCAAACAACUAUUGAAUCACCAGUUGUCAUACCAGAGCCUGCAAAUAAUUUUGAAGAACGUUUUGAUGUGCUAGAAGAACUUGGGAAAGGCAGAUAUGGAGUGGUGAGAAGAAUUUUAAACAAAGAAACUGGGUCAAUUCUUGCUGCAAAAUUUGUGCGGACAAUUAAGGCUAAAGAUAAACAGCAAGUAUAUGAUGAAAUAAAUAUAAUGAAUAUGCUGAAGCAUCCUAAGUUACUAAAACUUGUGGCAGCAUUUGAGAGCCCUAAAGAAAUGAUUAUGGUGACAGAAUAUAUUUCUGGUGGAGAACUAUUUGAAAGAGUGGUCGCUGAUGAUUUUACACUUACAGAAAAAGAUAGUAUAUUAUUUGUAAGACAAAUUUGUCAAGCAGUUGAAUAUUUACAUAAUAAUAAAAUUGUUCACUUAGAUUUAAAACCUGAAAAUAUAAUGUGUUACUCUCGGACGUCUCAUCGAAUAAAAUUAAUAGACUUUGGUUUGGCUCAAACAUUGAAACCAGACACUCCAGUUCGUGUAUUAUUUGGAACGCCAGAAUUCAUUCCCCCAGAAAUAAUAAGUUUCGAACCGAUCGGUACUGAGUCGGAUAUGUGGAGCGUUGGAGUAAUUUGUUACGUCUUAUUAACUGGACUCUCGCCAUUCAUGGGUGAAAAUGACGCAGAAACUUUUGCAAACAUUACCCGAGCUGACUACGAUUUUGACGACAAAGCAUUUCAUGCAAUAUCACAGGAAGCUAAAGAUUUCAUCAGUAGCCUUUUGAUUAAAAGAAAAGAAUUAAGAAUGUCAGCAAGAGAAUGUUUGAAACAUGCUUGGCUGGCUCAAUGUGCUGAAAGCAUGAGCAGAGUUGCAUUACCUACAGACAAGCUAAAGAAAUUCAUUGUGCGGAGAAAAUGGCAGAAAACAGGUAACGCCAUUCGUGCUUUAGGAAGAAUGGCUAUUCUAUCAGCGAACAGUCGAAAAAGUAUUGCUCCUAGUCUUCCAACACCAAAAGGCCACAAACCAGAAAGUGAUAAAAAAUUGUUCAUUCCAUAUUCGGACGAUUUAUGUGUCGAUGAAAUCCAACAAGUUCUAAUUAAACGUGAAAGCGUACAAGAUUUGAGUGAAGUCGUCGAUAAAAGUGAAGAUUCUACUGAAGAACGGUUGACUCGGGCCGAUAAUACGACAAACGAAUGUAUUGGAAAUACUGACUAUUCAACAAUUUCGGAAAAAUCAAAGUCAUGUAUAUCGGAAGAUGAUAUUGAAAUAGAAAAGGAAAAUAGUAAAACAAAAAUUACAAUGAGUGAAGAGAAUAGUUCAAAUAGUGAACGUAUAGACGAUUUAAGUGAAGAAUUUAUAACGAAAUUAAGACUACAUUCCGAUAAUUUGGUAAAAAAUGUAACAGAUAUUAUGAAGUGUAAUAAGAAAAAAAUCUUUACUGUCGAUGUGGAAAUAAAACCGGUGUCAAAGGUAGUAGAAGUUAAAGAAACCAGCACAAACAAUGUAGAAAAUUUUUGUAGCAGUACCAGCCUAAAAGUAAAUGAAUCCCUGUCAAAAGAAGGAAACAUGAAGGAAUUAACAGAGGACAAUAUUAUGAUAGAUGGUAACGAUGGAGCGAAAAAUGUGGACGUUAUGAAAAGAGAUGAAAACGACGAAAAGAAGCAUUCACGAUUAAGGCAUCGUUUUAUUUCAUUCCAAAGUAACACUUAUGUGCAUGAAAGUGUAUUUAAACCGAGGUGUCAAACUAACAUAUCAAAAUUAGAUAACGAAGACGAAAUCUCCGGGAUAGGAAGGCCCAUCUUAUCACAUUGCACUGUAAGGACUGGAAGUGUAAGUCGAACGGCGAAAAUGUUUGAAAAAGAAGAAAUGCACUCAACGAAUGAUAAGUCGAAAAGCCCUGGAAAUCGAAAAGUAUUUUCUGAUUCCCCUCAUCGACCACGAAACGAAAGAAUACGGAAGGCGUUUGAUUUUUGGAAUAAAUAAAAGAAUGGAAAAAAUAGUUAAAUGCAAUAGAUGCAAAGAACGAUAAUUAACGCUGCAAUAAGGUAUAAUCAUUAAUCGAUAAAGACUAAUAGUACAGAAAUUUAAAAUUCGUAAUUAUUGUUAUUAAUAUUAUUGAUUCAAUUGCUGAGACAUAUUGUUCAUACCGAGAAAUUUUAAAGUUAAUUUUGUAGAAUAGACAUAAUAAUGUAGGACACGUAAACAUAAAAGUUUUUAAUAUUAUGAAAUGAAAUGUAAUACUGAAUUAUUGAUGUAAGUAAAUUAAUAAAUAUUUUUGAUUC